AUGACAGAAGCCAAUAGCGACUCGAUUGAGAACGAGGAUGUGUUUAAAAAGAUCCAGCUAUCAGUGCCCGCAAAUAUGCCGACUAUCAGUGCACGAGUUCGUGAACUAUACGACGAGAACGUCACAGCCAAGAUAAUUCGUGCUGGGACUACAUGUCUGGAGCAUAAUUAUCCAAUUACGGAGUACCCUGAGUAUGUUCUGCAGUCGGGACCCGAUGCUGGAAAAUAUCUCCUUCGCGAUGCCGAGUUUUGGACGUGUGGAUUCUAUCCAGGAUCCAUUUACUCGCUUCUUGAGCGCUGGAUCAAAUAUCCUCAAAGCGUGGGCAAAGGCACCAGCUCAGCACUCAUCAUCCAUAAGCUCCACGAGCUAGGCGGGAUCUGGUCAGAGCCAAUUCACCACAUGUCCUCUAGAAAAGAUACUCAUGACAUGGCAUUCAUUAUCCAACCAUCGAUGCGGCCGCGCUGGGAGGUCUUCCAUGACGAAAGAGCUCUCUCUACUAUCCUCACUGCAGCCGACAGCCUAUACACUCGUUAUAGUCCAAGAAUUGGCGCUAUUCGGUCCUGGGACCAGUUGACGCAGAAGGGUGUCCACAUCACUUCGAUGGAUCGCGAUUUCCUGGUCAUUAUCGAUUCUAUGUGCAACCUAGACCUUCUCUAUUAUGCUGCUGCCCAUACCGGUCGCGAUGAGCUUUCGGUUGCUGCCACUCGCCAUGCUCACAAACUUAUGCGUACUCAUCUUCGUCAUGAGACUGGAAUCUAUUCCCAACGGAAGGGCUUUUCUGGACCUUUGUUCAGCACGGUUCACGUUGCAAACUUCGACCCCACCACCGGUGAACUUAAAGAGGUUCGCACAGGUCAAGGCUAUGCUAAGGCCUCAACCUGGGCACGGGGCCAAGCAUGGGGAAUUCUCGGCUAUUCGCAGACAUUCCAAUGGACUGGAGAUGUCGAGUUCCUCGCCGCAGCAUGCGGAUUAGCUGAGUACUUCUUGUUACGCUUGGAGAUGUCACCUAGCUGCGUCGAGCGUAAGGUCUCGGAUACUUCGACCUGUGGCCGGUAUGUGCCUCUUUGGGACUUUGAUGCUCCCAUUAACGAGGAGAAUCCACUUCGUGACUCCUCUGCCGGUGUCAUCGCUGCGAAUGGCUUAUUGGUAUUGGCACAGUGUCUUAUCUCGCGUGGCGAUUAUGCGCAGGGCCAGAGGUAUCUUGACGCUGCUCUAUUGCUCGUGGAAGAUACGCUAGCGUUUUCUUUGGCUGACGAGAAGGCGUCUAUCGUGGUGGAUGGAAGUAGGGUGUCGGUUGAAGAUACCCGGCCCGGUCAAACCUUCGAUGCAAUCCUGAAAAAUGCCACGGCAAAUUUCAAUGCAUCGGAUCAUCGUCGGUACUGGGAUCACGGACUAGUUUAUGGGGACUAUUAUUUGAUUGAAUUUGGAAAUCGGCUGCUGAGGAUGGGACUAGUAUAG